AUGUCUUCGCAAACUUCAAUUCAAAAUCGAAAUAAGCCCAUGUUCCACGCUACAUUUCUUGAUGGUAUCCGUGGUAUGGCAGCUUUAAGUGUCGUUUAUGCUCACUCCCAGACUCAUUAUAGACAACGUUUGGCUUUUAAUACAUUCAACAAAGUGGGAACUUAUGGA